GUGGUGGAGUCGCUUUCGCAUGCAUCGCCAUGAUGGAUCGAGCUAUCUGGAAACAAAACAGAGGCGGGCCGGUAUAAUGCGCCUGCUUGUCGACCUUGUUACCGACAGGUGGCGCUGAAGGACCGCGUCAGGACCAUCCAUCCACUUAUGUUUACAUCGCCAUGACAACGCGAUAAGAUUUGCUGACUUUCUGCGUCUUGAUAAACUGAACCAUGGUCAAAAUGGAUCGAAGAUUUGAUAAAACAGAAACGGUUCCAGCUUACACCGUUUCAUCUCAAUUACCAACAAAACACCCAAGAGUGGUGAAAGCAAAUCAAGAAAUUAAAGGAUUUUCAUCUCGAGCUAGGAGAUUCCCUUCAAACAAAUGUCUGAAUGAAAGUCCAGGACCAGGCAGUUAUGGACGUAUUUCCAGCGCUGAAGUCCAAAGUCCCUCCUUCUCCAAGAAAGGCACCACAGGCUUUGUUGGAUCCAAGACUAACAGGGCUCCUGGUAACCAACCAAGAUGCACCCCAGGUCCAAAUGCCUACACCCUGCCCAGCUCCUUUGUAAACAAGAACAAAUUCAAUGUAGGAGUCUCCAGGGUGUUCAGGCUGCCCGUGGCAGUUCAGCUGGAUAGUCCGAAGUACCCAACUCCUGCCCCGAAUCAAUAUGACGUCUGUUUUAGCAGCAGAGGGAGCUUCUCCUUAGGGAUUGGCACAUCAGCUUUCCUGUCCAAAACUAGACGUGACUCUUUUUACCUAAACAACGAUUUGCCAUCACCUUGCCACUAUGAAGUAAGCAGCAAUAUAAUCCAGCACAGCUCCAAAGCAGUCGUGUCCCCUUUCAAAUCAAAAACUCAGAGAAUCCCUCCUUCGGUUGACCACCAUGUACCAGGCCCAGGAGCCUACAGCCCCCAUCAGACCCCUGCACCGGUGAAGAAGACCACCUUGCCGAGAGGAUAUUAUUUGGCAAUAUCAGCGCCUCCUCUGAUUGUCCCGAAGGACCCACCCUUGCCAGGCCCGGGGCAUUAUGACAUAAGGGAUAAAAACAGCCUGUCUAAGCAUCUCAAGCCAAGUGCAGUGUUUGCAUCCAGAACUGAAAGGAAACUCCAAGACUCACAGGGCAGCGUGACACCAGGACCAGGUUUCUACAAUCCCCAGAUUUUGUCAAAGCAGUCCUUCUUUUACAACGACUCCAGAGUCUGGCUUCCUGUUUGAAACGUUCAAGGUCAUCUAUACUGCAGAUAUGUGCAUUUCCCAGACACAAGAACUGUGAUUAUCUGUUUCAAAAUGUUUCUAGGCAAGGUAUGUGUCUCAAAGUAUUUGUCGAGAAAAAAGCAUGAAAAUUAAAUGUUUGCAACCAUUUUAGUGUUUUUCCAUGUUUAAGUAUAACCAAGUAGGGGAUAUUUUUGAGGGUGAAUCAUAUAAUGUAUCCAUAUCUGAUGCUCCACUCUGGAGAUGAUAUAGCAGUAAGUGCUGCUGCGGUCGCAGACAGCUGCUGGUCCAGCCAGUGGUACGCCUCAGUAACAGCUGAGAGCUUGAGAUGACACCAUUGUGCCAACUGCUCGUGGGCAGGCGAGGGGUGGAGAGUGACUGUAUGUGAGCAAUGUGGCUGAGCGGGCAUGGGGAAGGGAUGGUGUUCACCCAGAAAGACAAAUGUACACAUCCGUCAUCAGCCUUCAUCAGAUGUUAUAUUGUCAGUUACUAUACCACUUCUCUGACCCCACUUUGGGAAUUGUUUUCUUGCAACAGCAUACAAAACAAGUAUUGCACAUUAUUAGAAAUAAAAGAACAUUAUGAAAUAAACAAUUAUACAAUAUAAACAAAUCAAAAUAGAAGAUAAAACAGAACAAAAACAGUGAAAAUAUAAAAGUUGACCGUGAAGAAAAAAUAUGUAAACUAUCUGACAAAUCACUAUUUGACGGGUUAAAUUACAGCUAACACAAUAUAAAAGCAAUAUAAUGAAUAUAAAUAGAAAAUGUACAGUGUGAAGUCCCGUUAACAAAAGACAAACUAUGGAGCAGCGACUAAUCAAGAUUUCCAUCAAAAAAAUAUUUCAAUAGAUGUGAAAGAGUUUGCUUGUUGUGAUGAAUCUGCAGGUAAUAUCAUCUGAAUCCGCAGUUCCUCUAGUUAAGAGUGAGGCUCUCGCAUGGUUUCUGGCUGCAUCUGACAUUUGUUUAAGAAAAAAAUAGCUACACACAUUCACUGUACACUGCGUACUCAGGAAGUGGCGGAGACCAAAACCAGAGCAAAAAGAGAGUCAAUAUCUGAUCGUUCAUCAGGUGAAAACAAACACGAUUCAAAAUGAACGAUAAUGGUUCUCUCUUACUGCUGGAUGAAAGAAACAUUCACCAUAUCACUUCAUACAUCAUGCCAUGCUUAUAUACACAUCACCUGCAAUAACUGCUUUUUUAUAUAUACACACACAUUGUUUAUAUAUAUUAAAACGCAGUUAGUGCACCUUGUAUGGCCGCCUUUGCCUUUGAAUAAACGUGUGUGAAUGCUGACUUUGAGUGGCAUAGAAAAGUGUUCUAUAAAUGCAGUCCAAUUUAAAAGAAAAAAAGAAAUGGAUUAGAUAAAAACGGACAAUUUUUGACUGUGAUGAUACUCCAGAGUGAUUUUCUGUCCAUACUGUAUAUAUGUAUAGUUGUUGAAUCUAAGCCAUACAGAAGUCCUUGCGUAUCUGUAUUUUUAUCCGAUAUUAAUAUAGUACCUUUUUACAAUGUAGGCCCUUUACUGUCAUACAGUGCUCUCUGUUCUCUGGGAAUGACAACCUAGUGCCAAAGAAUUGUUAUUUAUACGUCAAGCUUUUUUCCAUGUGCAAAGAAUGGAAAACCCAGUGUCAUCUGCUCAAAAGGAAAUCAGUUGGGGAUGUUUCCCCAGCUCUGCACUCGAUAACCACACCAACUGCAGACAUGUUUGACUCCCACACUGCAGCAGCUGUAGUUAUAUUCAGACUCUGACUUCAGCAGUGUGCUCUCCAAAUAUGUGUACUUGCCCUGUAAAACCAGCCAUUGUGCACUUGGGUUUUUUUUACAAUAAGAGGAGUAUUUUAUAACUCCCUUUUGUAGACAGAAAUGUGCUCUCCCCCUCUGGUGCAUAGCAUAGGGAGGAUCCAGAUGAAUGUUUAAAGUGUAACUGCAGGCUUUUUAGGUUAGUCGUUGCCUUUGUGGUUGUGUGUAGGAGGGGCAAUUAACCGCAUGCCUCUAUGGGUUUAUGGGAGGCUCUCUGAACCUCCCCAUGUCUCACUCAGGUGCAGGCGAGUAUGGACACGCACUCCGUCAAAGGAAGCCUCAUUCAGAAAGUUCUUUGUUUCAGGAAACAUUCACAUAUGCAGAUGUAUAACCUUUUCAUCAGCCUCCACUGAUUUAAAACCAUAUUCAUAGAAGUGGUCUAUACAGGUAAAUUAGGUAAAAUUACUCUCUAAAUGAUAUCAAUUAAGUCUGACAGAUUAAUAAAAGUAAUUUGUAUAGCUAAAGUGGCAUUGCCUAGAGCCAAGAGCUACACUUGUCAAUUUAUGUCUGUUGCUUGGCAGUACUUCAGUGGUUUGCACGCACAAUUGGUUCUAUUGUGUUUUUACGAGUCUUCUAUA